UUAAUGCUGUGUUUUAUGGUUUUUAGGGUGUUUUCCUCACAAUAACUUGUUAGCUAAUUAUAGAUAAAGAUUUGUGUAACUAUAGUCCCAGAAAUUUAAAUAACUUGCUCAGGGUUACACAGCUAAGGUAUCAUUUGACCUAGUUCUCCUACCCAGAUUUUUUGACUUGAAGUUCAGCCUGAUUUGCACUCUGUCUUAUAUAGGGUAUAAACUUUCUAUAACAGUCAUUGAUUGAUAGGUUUUUUGUUUGUUUGUUUGUUUUGCUGGCAGCAGGGUAUAGUGAAAAGCUGGUAUUGAAGUCAGAGAGCCUGGUUUCAAAUCUUGACUCUGCCACUGACUUCUUGUGUGGCUGUAAUCACUUCACUUUUCUGCAUCUCACUUUCUUUCUGUAUAAAAUGAUGGAGAUAGAAGCCUCUCUUUCCCUGGUCUCUUCCAGCUCUGAUUCUCUAAUAUACAAUCACUUGUUUUUUCUUCAGCAUUAUCUGGCAGGCCUACAAGAGAAUAUGUAAUUUGUAUCCAUAAAAGAUGGUACAAACAGUAGGUUUUUUCUUUUAAUAAAAGAGCUGUAUAAAAACUAUUUGUACUCAGAUUUGUAAAUCUCUAACACUGUUCUUUGACACAACCUAAAUGUUAGGUCUAUUUUGAGAAACUUUGCCAAUGAAUAAUCUUUUAAUUUAAAACAAUCUCUUUUCAUAGGUUUUUUUUUUAAUGUUAGAUGAAUAUUGCCCUUGAAUACAUAAUCUUGCAUUUGGUGGUUUAAAAAAUUAUUGACUGACUAUUCUUGUGGUUCUAAAUAUUCAAGAACUUUGCACAGGAUGAUUGUUAACAGUAUGCUUCAGAAUGAUCUUCUUUAUGCUUACAUUUAUUAACCACUGUACUGGAUGACUCUUGUGAUUUUAGAAAAUGGUGGCAAAGAAAAAACUGGUGUAUGUACUGUUUCUUGUAUAAUCCACUCUCAUCUCUAUUCUUUAAACUGGCUUUUCCUUAUACUUUGAAUAUUCUCUCCUUUCCAAACUUGGACUCUGAAAAUUCCAGACUUUUAAGACUCAUUUCAAAGAAAAGAAGAAAAAAAAUUAAUUAAAAAAUAAUUUAUGUAAUCUCUAUUCCAGAAGGACUUUUCUGUUCUCCAGUCUGUCCCCACCCCACACCCAGCUGUUGCUGCAUUUCCUAUAAGUCAAACUCAUCAUUCCCUGGGUUGAUGUUCAGAAGCUAGAAAGAACAUGCAAUGUCUUCAUGACGGACACCAUCCGUAUUACCACACAGAACAAAGAACGAGAUUUUUCCAUGUUUCUUAACCUUGAUGAGGUAUUUAAGAUAAUGGAGCAACUGGCAGAUAUGACACUCCGAAGGCUCCUAGAUAAUGAGAUCUUUGAACUGGAUCCAGAUUUACAGGAGCCUACUCAGAUUACCAAGAGGGAUCUGGAAGCCAGAGCACAAAACGAGUUCUUUAGAGCCUUCUUCAGACUGCCAAGAAAAGAGAAGCUACAUGAAGUUGUAGAUUGUUCUCUUUGGACACCAUUUAGUCGCUGUCACACAGUGGGACGGAUGUUUGCGUCUGAUAGCUAUGUCUGUUUUGCCAGCAAAGAAGAUGGCUGUUGCAAUGUCGUGCUUCCACUUAGAGAGGUAGUGAGCAUAGAGAAAAUGGAAGAUACCAGUCUCCUUCCUAAUCCCAUCAUCAUCAGUAUAAGGAGCAAGAUGGCUUUUCAGUUCAUUGAACUCAAGGAUAGGGAGAGCUUGGUGGAAAACUUGCUCAGGAGAUUGAAACUGGUUCAUGCUAACAGUCCAGUGCAUUAUGACACCUUGAAAAAUGAAGCUGAGACAUCCUCUCUAUUUCAGUCAACUAGUGUGUGCAGUGAUCAAAAGUUUGGGAAUUUCAAACUGUCUCAGAAUGGUAACACGGUUGACAAAGAAACUAGCCUUCUGCCAAAUUCUGAGGCACUAAUAGCCAUUUUCCACCAGUCAGGAACCCAGAGUCCUGAUUCCAGAAUGUCAAGAGAACAGAUAAAAGCAAGUCUGUGGAAUGAUCAUUUUGUGGAAUAUGGCAGAACAGUGUGUAUGUUUCGUACGGAAAAGAUCCGCAAGCUUGUUGCCAUGGGAAUCCCUGAAUCUUUACGGGGUAAACUCUGGCUCCUGUUUUCAGAUGCUGUAACUGAUCUUGCCUCUCAUCCUGGUUACUAUGGGAAUCUGGUAGAGAAGUCGAUGGGCAAGUGUUGCCUAGUAACAGAGGAAAUAGAGCGAGAUUUGCACCGCUCCCUACCAGAGCAUCCUGCCUUCCAAAAUGAAACAGGCAUUGCUGCCUUGAGGAGAGUGCUGACGGCCUAUGCUCACCGAAACCCCAAGAUUGGAUACUGCCAGUCAAUGAACAUUCUGACAUCUGUGUUACUCCUAUACGCCAAAGAGGAAGAAGCAUUUUGGCUUCUGGUUGCUGUGUGUGAACGGAUGUUGCCAGAUUACUUUAAUCAUCGAGUAAUAGUGUUUGUUCUAGGAGCCCAAGUAGACCAGUCAGUUUUUGAAGAACUUAUAAGAGAUAGACUUCCAGAACUGGCUGAACACAUGAAGGAUCUAUCCACUCUGGCUUCCAUUUCCCUUUCAUGGUUCCUGACUUUGUUUUUGAGCAUCAUGCCUUUAGAAAGUGCUGUGAAUGUUGUAGACUGUUUUUUCUAUGAUGGGAUCAAAGCCAUCUUCCAACUGGGGCUAGCUGUGCUAGAAGCAAACGCAGUGGAAUUGUGUGGCAGCAAGGAUGAUGGCCAAGCCUUGAUGAUCCUUAGCAGGUUCCUGGAUCAUGUUAAAAAUGAAGAAAGUCCUGGACCACCAAUUGGAAAUCAUCAUGCCUUUUUCUCUGAUGAUCAGGAACCCUACCCUGUGACAGAUAUAGCAGAUCUAAUUCGGGACUCCUACGAGAAAUUUGGAGAUCAGUCAGUGGAAAUGAUUGAGCAUAUGCGUUGUAAACAUCGGAUCCGAGUUUUCCAAGGUCACGAAGACACAACAAAACAGAAUGUCCUCCGGGUUGUUAUCCCUGAAGUAUCAAUUCUCCCUGAAGAUUUAGAGGAACUCUAUGACUUAUUCAAGAGAGAACAUAUGAUAAGCUGUUAUUGGGAACAGACAAGUCCUGCAUUUCAGCACCAUGAUCCCAAUAGACCGUAUGCUGAACAGUAUCUGAUUGAUGCUCAACAGUUCACCAACCUAUACAAACUUGUCUCUCCAUGGACAUGUGGUGCCCACACUGAGAUCUUGGCUGAAAGGACUUUUCGCCUCCUGGAUGAAAACAUGGAUAAUCUUAUUGCAUUCAAAGGGUUUGCUGUCUGCCUAGAUAUUAUGUACAAUGGAGAAAUGAAUGAAAAAAUAAAACUACUAUAUAGGCUCCACCUCCCUCCAGCUCUCACUGAAAAUGACAAGGAUAGUCAAUCACCAUUAAAGAAUCCACUGCUGUCAACUUCAAGACCCCUGGUCUUUGGGAAGUCAAAUGGUGAUGCAAUUGAUUAUCAGAAGCAGCUGAAACAAAUGCUUAAGGAUUUAGCUAAAGAAAAAGAUAAAACUGAAAAAGAAUUGCCCAAAAUGAGCCAGAGAGAAUUUAUCCAGUUCUGCAAAACUUUAUAUAGCAUGUUUCAUGAAGAUCCAGAAGAAAAUGAUCUCUAUCAAGCUAUUGCCACAGUAACAACUUUGUUACUGCAGAUUGGAGAAGUGGGGCAGAGAAGCAGCAGCUCAGGAAGCUGCUCUGACGAGUAUAUGGACGAUGUACAGACAGAAGCGUGUGCUUCCACUUCUGAGCAGGACUCGGUUUUCACUGACAUGGGGAAGAUGCCUCAGAGAUAUUCCCAAUCGUUAUCUAUGACAGAAGGGGAUUGGACUGUUUCCCUUGAGCAUAUUUUAGCAUCACUUUUGACUGAACAGUCAUUAGUAAAUUUCUUUGAAAAGCCACUAGACAUAAAAUCUAAACUUGAAAAUGCCAAGAUCAAUCAGUAUAGUCUCAAAACCAAUGAGCUGAGCCACCAGUCUGAGUAAAGGACAGCACAAUGUAGCACAACACCACCAUUCUGUGGAGUACACUGGAGGAUGCUAUACCAAAGCACAUGCUGCAAACAAGACUGCUUUUCAGUUUCUUAGUGUUUACUAUUCUAAAUAGACAGCAACCUAAUGAAAUUGAAGACAAACUUCUAGAACUUGGACGGAAGUCAUUCAUUCCUUUAUCAAAUCUCUAACCAAUUCUAGCUACAGACCGUGGAGCAGACAGAGCAGAGCAGGCUAUGCUACUGGCUAUUCCUGAUGUCUCCCAAUGUUUAAGCUACAAUUUCAUUUCAGUUUCCUGCUGCUUACCUCUUGUAUAGAGGGAUACCUCUUUUUUUUUCUAACACAUCCCCUUCCCCCCACCAAUGAAUGUAAAAGAUGUUGCUCAGUGAGAUUGGGUUUUUUUUUUUUUUUUGAGGGGAGGAACUAAUUCACAUCCAGGGUUAAGAGCUACUGUUUGCAAUUGGCUUGUUUUUCUUUUUUGCACUAAUCCUAAAAACCUGUUUCAAUGCUGGUAAUUGAAACUGUUUUAAUAUUUUUGGUUGUAUUCAAUUUGUAUGUCUUGCAAAAAAAAAAAAAAGUGUACAAACCAUGCUUUUGAUGUUGUUGGUCCCCAAAAGCAAUUUUUAAUAAUAUUAUUUUGUAUUGAC